AUGUCACGCUCUUGCUGCAGCUUCGCGGUUUCAGUAGUGCUCCUCGCGCUCGCCGUGACGGCCAGCGCCACCGCGCCGGGCUUACUGCACGAGAAGCCCCAGGACAAGCGGACCGUCAAUGCCGAAGCCCACCUCGAGGAGGGCGCGAGGGUGGCGUUGGCGUCCGUCUGGGCGGCCAAGAAGGACACGCCGGCGCUGCCGAUGGAGGGGAAGCCGAGCGGCUCCAUGGCCACUCAGGGCGACGACCAGAGCUCGUCGGGCGGCAACGGCAACGGUAGCGGCAGCGGCGAGCACGGAAAGGAGGAAGGGAGCAGCAAGGAGGGCGAGAAGCAGGCCAAGAGCUGCCUCACCAAGGAGGAGUGCCACAAGAAGAAGCUGCUCUGCGGCAAGGGAUGCACGCUCUCGGCGCACAGCAAGUGCGCCGCCAAGUGCUCCAAAUCCUGCAUCCCCACCUGCUAG